GUUGUCGUGAUUGGAUCUGUACAAAAUCUCCAUUUCCUCCUUCUCCCACUUCACACAUACACACACACACAGUCUCCUCCUCCUCUUCCUCUUCAUCUUCAUCUUCUUCUUCUUCUUAUAUUCUUAUUCUCUUUCUCCCUCUGCUUCUAAAAUCCAACAAUGGAGGGUUAAAGAGAGAAGAGACAGGGGGGAAGAAAAAUCAAUAAUACCCACAAGGUCAAAACAAGACGACAAUGGCGGCUUAGGGUGUCGGUGUCUUAAUCCUCUCUUAAAAUUCAAUUUCAUCAUCUUUAAGAACUACCCUUUUCGUUUUUUUGUUCGUUCCCCAUUAUUCUACUCUUUAAUUCGAGGAACUAUAUUGACGUUUUGCUUGUUUCCAUUUCUUGUUGGGUCGAUCUUGAAUCCUUAUCCACUUGUGGUGCUACUAGUUUUCUUGAUCUGAUGCUUUGAGUUGGUGAUGCGGAUCUUAGAAGAUGAUGUCGUUUUGGGUCUAUUAUUUUAUUUUUUAAUUCUGAUUUUUGGAUGAUGGCGAGCUUGUGUUGCUUUCAGUAUUGGUGAUAUCUGGAUCUUAUUUGAAUCUUGUCGAUUGAUUUUGAGGUUACCACCGUAGAAAAUGUCCAGGCCUUUGCAUCGAGGUGCGUCCGGUGUUAAGGUACAUGGUCAUGGAGAUGAUAAAUGGGACUCUCAAAUGAAAGACAAAACUGAUAAGGAAGAGGUGGACAGAAAAGGUUCUUUGGAUCAUGGAGGAAAUUUGGCUCCGAGGUUACCGUUUCGCCUACUUCUUCCAGACAACUCCCCUUCUAAAUACGGUGGAACUGAGAAUGGCUUUGCUUCCGAUUCUUUUUUAGUUGGAAACUCAAGAAGUCGGCAACAAUUUAUAUUGCAAAUGUUGAGAUUCAGUUUAGUGUUGAUUAUUAUUCUUGCUCUUACUGGAUCUUUCUGGUGGACACUCUCCAUUUCUGGUUCAUCCCAAGUUCAAAUCUUCCAUGGUUAUCGGCGACUACAAGAGCAGCUUGUUUCAGACCUUUGGGAUAUAGGGGAGAUUUCCCUGGGUCCUUCAAGGUUGAAAGAGCUUGAAUUUUGUUUGCCCGAGUUUGAGAAUUAUGUUCCCUGCUUCAAUUCAAGCCUCUCUCAAGAGGAUGAGUAUGAUAGACAUUGUGAGCCUAACUCAUCGCUGAACUGUUUGAUACAACCUCCCUUGAAAUACAAGAUUCCACUUAGAUGGCCUACUGGAAGGGAUGUUAUCUGGGUGUCAAAUGUGAAAAUCACUGCAAAUGAGGUCCUUUACUCAGGAAGCUUGACCAAAAGGAUGAUGAUGCUAGAGGAAGAACAAAUAUCUUUUCGUUCUGCGUCUCCAAUGUUUGAUGGGGUAGAAGAUUAUUCUCACCAAAUUGCAGAAAUGAUUGGGCUGAGAAAUGAAUCAAAUUUCAGAGAAAUUGGGGUAAGAACCAUUCUGGAUAUAGGGUGUGGUUAUGGAAGUUUUGGAGCACAUCUUUUCUCAAAACAUCUCUUAACGAUGUGCAUAGCAAAUUAUGAGGCUUCAGGCAGUCAGGUUCAAUUAACUCUUGAAAGGGGUCUUCCUGCAAUGCUUGGUUCUUUUACUUCAAAACAAUUGCCAUUUCCAUCUCUUUCCUAUGAUAUGGUUCAUUGUGCACGAUGUGGCGUUGACUGGGACAAUAAAGAUGGUAGAUACCUGAUUGAGGUUGAUAGAGUUUUGAAGCCAGGUGGGUAUUUUGUGUGGACAUCGCCACUGACAAACACUCAGAGCGUUCUUAACAAAAAAGAGAACCAGAAAAGUUGGAACUUCAUUCAGGAUUUUGUGGAAUAUCUGUGCUGGGAGAUGUUGAAUCAACAAGAUGAAACUGUUGUCUGGAAGAAAACUAGUAAAAGUAAUUGUUAUAGCUCACGGAAGCCAGAUUCGUCUCCUCCAAUAUGUGGUAAAGGUCAUGACAUCGAAUCUCCAUAUUAUAGACCACUCCAAGACUGCAUAGGGGGAAGAAAAAGUCGUCGUUGGGUUCCUAUUUACGAAAGACAAACUUGGCCUUCGAGGGCUAAUUUGAACAAGAGUGAACUGGCUCUGCAUGGAUUGGCUUUAGAUGAUGUUGCAGACGAUUCUCUUAACUGGAAAAUGGCAGUGAAAAACUAUUGGUCUCUUUUGUCGCCACUAAUCUUCUCAGAUCAUCCAAAACGACCAGGUGAUGAGGAUCCUUUACCCCCAUACAACAUGCUUCGAAAUGUGCUAGAUAUGAAUGCUCAUUAUGGAGGUUUCAAUUCUGCAUUAUUGGAAGCUGGGAAGUCUGUAUGGGUUAUGAACGUUGUACCAACAGACGGACCUAAUCAUCUUCCCAUGAUAAUGGAUAGAGGUUUCAUUGGGGUAUUGCACGAUUGGUGCGAGGCCUUUCCAACAUAUCCUAGAUCAUAUGAUUUGGUUCAUGCGGCAGGGCUUCUGUCCCUUGAAGCGAUUAAGAAGCCAAGGUGCUCCAUGCUUGAUUUAUUCAGUGAGAUUGAUCGGUUACUUCGUCCAGAGGGUUGGGUGAUAAUCCGCGACACCACCACGCUUAUUGAGUCAGCUCGAACUGUAACUACACAGCUUAAGUGGGAUGCACGAGUUAUAGAAAUUGAAGAUAACAAUGAUGAAAGAGUGCUGAUCUGCCAAAAACCUUUCUUGAAGAGACAAGCAAAGUGAUCACAAAUUUUGAAGGUGAAGAAGUAUUUAUAUUCAUUCUGUGGAUGAUGGGAAGAACACCAUCAUAGGGAGAGCCCUCCACCAUAUUUUGGAGAGGUAGAAUCAAAAUUCCUGAAAAAAAUAAAAGAAUAGAAAAAAGAAAAAAAAAAAAAAA